CCACACAUAGGCUCCUCACGAUCUUCCAUACGAACCUUUUCAUCCCGUCUUACUCACGCUUACCACCUUCGUUCCUCUCCCAUCUAUCGCCCCCGAUGCUACCCCGUUCACCAACUUCCUCGACAUAUCUCCUCAUCUAUCCCCCGCCGCGCAACCUCAACUCUGGAAGACUCCAUAGCAUUCGAAAAGACUCGAAGAGCCGUUGAGAUGAGUCAACAGAAGAUGUAUGCUGAGAGAGCAAAGCAAAGUCGGAGUGUCAUGUUGUAUGGAGCUGGAACUAUAAUCCUAGCCAUCGGUCUAACAUACGCUGCCGUACCUCUUUACCGAGCAUUCUGUUCUGCCACCGGAUAUUCCGGAACACCCAUGACGGAUCGAUCUCGAUUUUCCCCAGAUAGAUUAUACACCACACCAGAGACAGAAACACGUAAACGUAUAACAGUCAGAUUCGAAGCUACUUCCAGUGACGCAUUACCUUGGAAGUUUGAACCUCAACAAAGAAGUGUUAGAGUUUUACCUGGUGAAACUGCUUUAGCUUUUUAUAAAGCCAGGAAUGAUAGUGAUAGGGAUUUGAUUGGGAUAGCUACUUAUAAUAUGACUCCCGAUAAGAUUGCACCAUAUUUCGCCAAAGUCGAAUGUUUCUGUUUUGAAGAACAAAAAAUAAGAUCUGGAGAAGAAGUCGACUUACCUGUAUUCUUCUUUAUCGAUAAAGACAUUAUGGAUGAUCCUUCUCUCGACGGUGUGGACGAUGUCGUUUUAAGUUAUACAUUUUUCAAGGCGAAAAGAAACGAUAGAGGUCAUACCGUUCCCGAUGCACCGGAGGAUGUGAUAGAGAAAUCUCAGGGUUUUGAAAAGUAUCAAUUAGCAAGAAGAGAGCAGACUUGA